ACAGUGCAUGCAUAUGGUCACAAAUUCAAGAUAGCAGCCAACAUGCAUAAAUCAGAAAAAAAUUCUAUUUUAUUAAAUUUAGCAUAAUUCUGUACAUAUUCAACCAACUUUUGUCAUCUAAACUGUAGAUUACUCACAUCAAUGUGUUCUUUCUAUUGAAUUAAUGUGAUAAGAGCAUGAGUAUACUGCAGAAACUAUAUCAGAAAUUUCUCUCAUAGUCCAUUAUCAGACACUGCUAUCAUAAGCCAUUGGUCAUCUGCCAAAAUGUAGGACCAAUUACCAAAUCCCUAAAACUACAUUCACACUGUACUCGGCAUGCCUGUCAAAUGAAUUGAAAUCAACCUUAACACAUUCCAUUUUACAAAAAACUUCCAUGAACCUUAAAAUAACAUAUUCCAUUUUUUCACAAAAAAAAUUCUACAAAAGCAUGAGUAUAUAUGCAUAAGCACAGUACACUCAAAAACUGAUUUGCUGUCACUGAUCAUAGGAAAUAAAUUCAUUCUGGAUUCAGUUAAUUAUUUGUCACUGAUCGGUGUAGAUCUUUUUGCAAGUCAUUGAAUUUUGGUGAUUCAGAUUUGGGUGUGAAUUUUUUUUUUUUUUUUGGGAGUGGGAGGGGGGUCAUGUAAAGUGGUAACGUCCCAGACAUAACAGUUAACCAAUUUACAAGGAAGAGAUGAUUAAAUUUUGGUGAAAAUCCAGAUUAGGGUGUGGAUUUGGGGGGUCAUUUAAAGGGCUGAAGUCCCAGACCUAAAUACCUCAAAAACUCAUCAAUGGAUCUGAAAGAAACUUUUAGAAUGGUUUUCAUGAUCCAAAGAAGUAAGUGAUUAAAUUUUGAUAGGGUGGAGACCCUUAAAACUGAUCAAUAGAUCUAAAUGAAACUUUCUAGAAUGGUUUGUCAUGGCUACCGGAUCACACAUAACUAAAAAGUUGGUUAAGACGUUCGCUUUGUGACCGGUCCUGGGUUCAAAUCCUGGUGGAGGUAGAGAUUCUGUUUUCAUUAUUUUUUUCAAAAGCAAAAGAUGUAUGGAAAUUUUAUAAAGGGUAAUUAUGGGGUGGGUGGAGGUACACACUCUUAAAGUGUGCUCUAAGUUAUUUUUAAAGUAAGGUGUAUAAGUCCACCAAUUACAUUUUUUUUAUUGCAUUUUACAACCCAUUUGUUUUGAAAAAAAAUUUUAAUGGUUUAUAAACACAUAUGCACAUGUAAUUACCACUUUAGAAACACUAGGGCUUACGCCAGUGUGAGUAGUUAUAAUACAACAAAUUUACCAUGCUUUUUAUGUUUCUACAUUUAUUUCAUAUUUUUCAGAUAUAAAAAUAUUGAAAAUCUGCACACAUUGAGUUAUGGGAAGUGAAUGUCAUCUUUGUUUAACUAUAAUAAUGCAAGAGAAUCAUUAGACCUAUGUCGAAUCCAGAAAUUAUGGAGAGCAAAGAACUGGUUUUUGAUGCAUUAAAGACAUUUCUAGUAACACCACCAUCAUCAAAUGAAGGUAUUACAGAUGGCCAUCAAAAAAUCGUGAAACGUGUUGUAGUAGCAAGUGUACCAGACGCAAAUGGAUGGAAAAGGAGAUGCAGCUGGCAGGAAUUGGAGACGGAGAUCACUGGUUCUCUAACACCCAUCAAAAGAUUAAGGAAUUCAUCAAUGACAGUUAAAAGCAAAGAAAUGAAUGCAUUUUUCAAACUUUUUGAAAAUGAUACAAUUCAGGAUUUUCUUUGGAUGGACAGAUGUGCCAAAAUAGCAGACAAGUAUCUUUUAGCAAUGGUAUUUGCAUAUUUCAAGAGAGCAGAACUGAAGACAAAGCAGUAUACCAAAAUGAAUUUCUUUAUUGCAUUGUACCUUGCAAAUGAUAUGGAAGAAGAUGAAGAAGAUUACAAAUACGAAAUAUUUCCAUGGGCUCUUGGAAAAGAUUGGAGACAUAAAUACACAAAAUUUCUAUACAAGAAAGAUCGGUUUUGGAAGUCCAUCAGCUUUAGAGCUGCAGUUAGUAGAAGAUGCUGUGAAGAGAUUAUGGCAAUUGCUCCAUACCAUGUGAUCUGGAAACGCAAUAGAGCAUUACACCACGGAGGAGCAUUUCGAACAUAUGAUAGUGAUGACGAGUUUCUCCCGCGAGGUCCCAGUGCAUCCCCUGUUCACUGUGAGGCUUGUGCUAAGACAGGAACAUUUGCCUACACACCUCAAAGUUCAUCUAGUGCUGAUAGCUCUUAUUUGUUUCUUUCUUCUUGCACUGAUACCUCAAGUGAUGAAGAAACUCACUGUCAGGAUCAGGCAGUACCAAAGAGCUUUGAUAUGACAGGUGAUUCAAUAUUUCAUAAAUCCAGCAGCAUUACUACUACAAUAUCAAUUUUGUAUAUGACAAAUUUGUGUUAUGUACCCAUAUGCAUAUGCCAAAUAUGGGCAUAUCACACACAUUUAUCACAUAAAAGUUGAUAUUAUCUGGAGAGGGAACUAUGAGUUUUGUAUUUAUAUAAAUAUAAGAAUAUAGUUGUAAUCAAAAGGUUUUCAUUCUUUUAUAUUAUAGGACCAUUAAUGUUGGCUCUUUCUCUAUAAUUUUUUUUUUAUUUGCAGGUCUUCAAAAUACUUUACAGACCAGUGAUGAUGCAUAUUUUUGGGCAAGUAAGGAGGAUUAAUUUGUUUUGUAUAGAAUGUACAGACUUCAGUGUACAGUACUGGCUUGUUGAUCAUCCGCAUGGUAACAAUGUUCUUAAGAGUUGCAUCAAAAUAAAAAUAAAAAUAAAUCUGGUAAAUGUAAUGAUUAUUCUGGUAAAAAUGGACCUGGUAGAAACAUAUGGUAAUGGUAAAUAUUUGAGAACUUGUACAGUGUAGCACAUAAUACAUUCCUUUGUGAUGUAACAAAAUGGGAAAUAUAACAAUUAAUGCUCAGGAUACAAAGAAAGUUUUAAAAAAAAAACUCAGAAUAUUGCAUAUGAAAUGAUGGUAAAAAUAAAUCCUAGGUAUAAAGUAAGAAUUUGUAAGCUGAAUUUUGGAAUCAGAUUUAGAAAAUAUCAUUUGUGCUGCAAAAUAAUGUACAUUAGUUCUUUAUUUUUAUCAUGUUACCACUACAGGCAAUUUUUACCAUUUCAUCACUACAGACUAUCUUUACUAGGGCAAUUGUUGUCUUGUUCCACAAACAUUAGAAUUCUCUAAGGAUAUACUGUACAUUGUUUUAUACUAGUUGCCUUUUUCCCAACUUUUUUUUCAGUAUAAAACAAACAAUUAGUUAUCCAUUCUGGCAAAACCCUACUUUGCUGGAAACAUUCUUUGCAUAUUAAGAUGUUGCCAUCGAAUUUGUGACUAAACCUACCUGGAUAAACUGAUAAAUGCUAAGUUAUUUUUUCAUUUUGUGCAACUCUCUAUAAUAGAAUCACUUAUCUCUUCGUACAAAAGCCCUGUAAAUCCCAAUAGCCUCAUUUUCAUUGAUAAAAAAUAAGACGAAAUAUUUGCGAAGUUAUGAUAAAUUUACAAAUACAGUAUUAUGUCAGUCAUGCAGAAUUUAUGAAAAUUAUUUGGUUUUGUGACACAUACACAAACAAUAGCUCAACACCACUAAUUUCUAAAAUGAUGUCAAAAUUAAUGCAUCUGUUAGCAACAUAUGGUUCUCCUCCCCAAAAUUUUCUUUUGGUUAUUUGCACAAAUUUCUGAAAGCCAAUAAAAUGGGUUCCCAAUGAAAUAAUUUAAAAAUCUUGUAUAAAUUGAUGAAAUGAUGAAAACAUUAUACUAUACUGUAAGAUUGGUGUUCACACAUGGCAAUUUAGAAACCCCCCCCCCCAAAAAAAAAAAAAAAUUUUUUUAAUUAAAGAAAUUCGAGGACAAGGAUGCUCCAGAAUGCCUUGAUUUAGGGAUGCAUUAACACCCGUUUUCGUAAAUAAAAAUACCAUUAUGGUAAAAAAUAGCAAUACUUAAAAGUUCUAGUUUUCAGAAAUGCAAAAGUUAAAAAUAGUGUUUUACCAGAAAUUAUCACAUUUUAUAAAUGAAUACAAAUUGUAAAUAUAUUAGCUUGUUCCAGAUAAAAUAUAAUAAAAAUCUGAAUAUACACAAUCACAUUAAAAUGUAUGCUUACAAUUUGAGUGUUAAAAGACCACCGCAAGUUUAGCUUUCAAACUUUACAAUAACAUAUCAAGAUUUAAGAAACUGACAAUAAUACUGUAUAUCAAAACAAUUUUGCAAUUCUAUAAUAUUUAUAUAUUUACAUGGAAUAUGUAGAAAGUAUUUACAAAGUAGUUAAUGAUGAAGAAAGCAAACAGAUUCUCAGUUUAUGCAGCAAUACUCCACAUAUUAUCUUUAUUUUUACAAAUAUAAAAAUUCCGUUUAUAAUGUUGAGUAUAUUUUAGUCGUAUGAAAUCUAUUAAAAACUUUACUUUAUUAUUAGUUUUUAUAUUGUGUAUUAAAAAAACACCAAUUAGAAGAUAAAGAUUCUUUUAGGACAUUAUUAUCAUUAUAUGAGUUUAACUUAGAAUGAACACUUUUCUUCAUAAAAUUCAGAUACAAAUGAUAUAUUUGUUUCAAAAUCAAUGGUUGGAUAAGGGUAAAAAACAUUGAUGACUAAUUGAAAGUAUGUUUGUAAAUCUAAAUAAACAAGAAUCAAAUUCUCCAACAACAUACAGAAAUUAAUGCCACGGUGGCAGUAGAUCCUUUAUAGAACAAUCAAUAUUUGUCACAUAUUUAAUAAUAUGACACGUUUAUAUUUUAACAUUGUUAUUUUUGCUUAUUUAAUUUUUAAAAAGUAAUUUAUAGACAUAUUUAAUAUUUAUAUUUAAUAUUUAAGAAAGCCCAGGUGGCAGUAUUUAUGAAUUUUGAAAAAAAAAAAUGUUUUACUUUGUAUUACAGUACUUUAAGAAAUCGAAAAACUCAUUGUUUGUAUAUUUUCUGUUUUCUAUUAUCUGUUUAACAAUAUGUACCCUGUAUUAAAGAUUGUUUUCUAAAUUGUAAUGUUCCUGUUCUUCGGUAUUUAUAUCAAAUAUAAUAUUGUGAAACAGUCGUUCUCAAAAUAAUUAGAAUUACAGUAUACUGCAAUCAUAAAUGUUACAUGUUAUGAAAAGAGAGUUUGAAAUAAUAAAGUUAUACCAUGUUAUCACA